GCUAUGGCGGAACAGUUACAAAAUGGCUGCCCUGGCCAUAGCAAGGGACUGCUCUUUGUUGUGUUACGUGGUUUAUGGUGAAAGUGUCAUGAUAAUAAGGUAGCAUAACAUAGCCUAAAAGACAUGUCACACAAGUUAUGGUAGAGAAAUAUUAAAACCAAGAGCGAAGCUUCGCAUUGAGUGAUAUGAGAAUUCUGACCUCUCAUCGCAGCAAAAAAUGUUGACUCUAGCUGAAUCGCACGGUGAAAGACUCUGUGAGAUGAACAAUGAACAGACACUGCCCGAGGUGCCAUCAGCCUCCACAAAUGAAUCUCAAAGCGCUCACUCGGAUAUUUCGAAUUUCAUUGUUAUAACGCGACUAGGGUCGAAUGACGAUGACGCCCUUGUAAGUGAUGCGAUUACCGAAUCUGAACAUGACCCAUCAUCGCCAGCACGGAUGUUCUCUCCUACCAGUGACUCAAAGGGAUCUGAAAAAGAUACUCUUCCUGAUAACGAAGACAUGAUCAACAUAAAGGAGGAAACUAUGGAGUAUAUUGCACCAUUGGUGAAAAUAGGAACCAACGAGAUCUUCACAGAUGACACACCUGAUGAGAGGAGCGAGGAAAAGGUUGUGGAGAAUUGGAUACAACGAUUCUGUCCAUUGCCUCUCCAUUACACGGAUCGAGGAAGACCUUAUUUAAAGUGUCCUGCAUGCUCAGCCAUCUUCUUUGUAUCGAGCUCAUUUCAAAGGCAUUUCUUUUCACAUGUCUAUAAGGAUGCAGAUAAUUUUGUCUGCAUGUUCUGUGAAUACUCAAGCGACGAUUCCAACAAUUUACUUGUACAUUUGGGCUCGCAUCAAAAUCAAUGCGAGAAGUGUAAUACCAGUCUCACUCGAAUGAACAGCUUCCAAAAGCACUGGGCAGUUUCUUCAGUAAGCUUUAAAAUUAAACGGGAUCGUCGAGGCAGAUUUGUAUGUGGCCUCUGUAAGCUCGUCUUUGACCUGUUACCUCAACUCAAGAAGCAUUCGUUCAAUCAUACAUGCAACAAACGAAAAACAUACCAGUGCAACGAGUGCUCAGGAAUAUUUGAGACAAAAGAGACUCUGGAGAAUCAUAAGUGCUUGAAGUGUCCUAUUUGUGGGAAGACAUUUGACAGCAUACAACGACUGAAAGCUCAUACAACUAGCAUGAAACACUUCCUGAAAUGUCCCAUAUGUCUCUACGAAUUUGUUCUGACUGUUGAUCACGAGAAGCACUUGAUAAUGCACACAAUGACAUAUUAUCCCCAUGGAUACUAUGUACACUGUCUAGAAGCUAUCGAUAGAAAGAGCUUCCAAUGCGAGCUAUGUAGUAAAAUAUUUUAUGCUCUCUCUCGUCUCAUUUUGCACGUUCACGAAGAACAUGGUAUUGAAAAUAUACGAAGAGAUGUCCCCGAUGAAGGACCAGGUCAGACUGUACUGGCUACACCAAAAGAGGAACCACCAAGUGACGACGAAGCUAACGGUGAAUAUCGAACAGUGGAUAUGAACAAUUUACGCAAAAACGUCUUAAAGAUGGAGGCUGGCGGUUCGAUACUUUUGGUACCCAAGCAAGAACCUCAAAAGCGCAAUUUAAGUGAUGCGAAUUGCGAACCGGUCUCUCUAUGUUGGAACGGUCAAUAUAGCGUCAAAUCGGAAUUAUAAGUGUUGCUAAAAAAAAUAACUCAUCGUUACACAUUAGCCGUUAAAGACAAUAUUCAUAAUCACGAUUAAACUCCACUCUAAGUGUAUCUUUACAUGUAAGAACGUAGCGUAGAAUCUUAUUUAGAUCUUGCAAUAAAAUAUAUUCGCCUGCU